AUGGCCGAAGCGGAAGCCCAGAAGAUGUUCCCGGUCGCGCCCCGACUGAAGAACGGGCACAAGGUCCCGCACAUCGGGCCCCAUAUUCACGCCUAUCGCGAGGCGCACAACCAGACGGUCGGACAUGAGUCGGACAAGUGGUGGUCUAAGAUGGCACACGAGAUGCUGUAUUGGGAUCGCCCCUUCCGGACAGUCCGGGCCGGUGGAUUUGAGACGGGCGACAUCGUCUGGUUUCCCGAGGGCGGCCUGAACGCGUCCUACAACUGCGUCGACCGAUGGGCGUUCAAGCACCCCGACAAGACCGCGAUUAUUUGGGAGGCAGACGAGCCGGGCGAAGGCAGGCUCGUCUCCUAUGGCGAACUCUUGCGCGAAGUCUGCUCGGUCGCGAACGUGCUCAAGUCGCUCGGCGUCAAGAAGGGCGACACCGUAUCCAUCUACCUGCCCAUGACAUGGCAAUCCGUCGCCGCUUUCCUCGCCUGCGCCCGUAUCGGUGCCAUCCACUCUGUCGUCUUUGCUGGCUUCUCAACCGAGUCUCUACGGGAUCGCGUCGUUGACUGCCGAAGCCGUGUGGUGAUAACCAGCGACGAGGGAAAGCGUGGGGGCAAGACCGUAGCGACGAAGAUGAUCGUUGACGCCGCACUCAAGGAGUGCCCGGAGGUCGAGCAUGUCCUUGUUCUGAAGCGCACCGGCGCCGAUGUGCCGUUCACGCCCGGACGGGACAAGUGGUGGCACGAGGAGAUCGCGAAAGUCCCCAACUACUGCCCUCCCGAGGUCAUGGCCUCCGAAGACCCUCUUUUCAUCCUCUACACCUCCGGUAGCACCGGCAAGCCCAAGGGUGUGGUGCACACGACCGGCGGCUACCUCCUCGGCGCCGCACUCACCGUCAAGUAUGUCUUCGACGUCCACCCCGACGACCGAUUCGCCUGCAUGGCCGACAUUGGUUGGAUCACCGGCCACACCUACGUCGUCUACGGACCCCUCCUCAACGGCGUUGCCACCUGCGUCUUCGAGCCCACGCCUGUAUACCCUACCCCUGCCCGCUACUGGGAGACCGUUGACAAGCACAAGAUCACCCAAUUCUACUCGGCACCGACCGCGAUCCGUCUCCUUCGCCGUCUCGGUGAGCAUCAUGUCAAGGAGUUCGACCUCGGCAGUCUCCGCGUGCUGGGCAGCGUCGGCGAGCCGAUCAACCCGGAGGCGUGGCAUUGGUACAAUGAACACGUUGGGCGCGGCCAAUGCGCCAUUGUCGACACCUUCUGGCAGACUGAGACGGGCUCCAUCGUCGUCACGCCCUUCCCUGGCGCCAUCGAGACCAAGCCCGGUGCGGCGACGGUGCCGUUCUUCGGUAUCGAGCCCGCCAUCCUCGAUACGCAAACCGGCAAGGAGCUUACAGAGGACAACGUCGAGGGCGUGCUGGUGCUCAAGACCCCUUGGCCAUCGAUUGCGAGGACGAUCUUCGGUGACCACCAGAGGUAUUUGGAAACGUACAUGAAGCCGUACCCUGGCGUCUUCUAUACCGGUGACGGUGCAGUCCGCGAUGAACACGGCUACAUCUGGAUCAAGGGUCGCGUCGACGACGUUAUCAACGUCUCCGGCCAUCGACUAUCUACCGCCGAAAUCGAGUCCGCACUCAUCAUGCACAAGGGUGUCGCAGAGACGGCAGUCAUCGGCGCAUCGGACGAGCUCACCGGCCAAGCCGUCUACGCCUUCGUCACCCUCAAGCCCGAGUUCGAAUACGACCCGGGUAACGAGUCUGCCCUCCUCAAGGAGCUCACACUCCAAAUCCGCAAGACCAUCGGUCCUUUCGCGGCGCCCAAGAAAAUCUACAUCGUCAGCGCGUUACCUAAGACGCGUAGCGGCAAGAUCAUGCGCCGCAUCAUGCGUAAGAUCGUCUCCGGGGAGGGCGACCAACUCGGAGACCUUUCCACCGUAGAGGAACCGGCGGUCGUAGAUCUGAUAAAGGAGAAGGUGGCAACAGCUGGAGGCGCUUAA